AUGCUCUCAAGAGGCAGCCCGCUGACCCCGGCCCAGAUCCCGCCCUUCCAGCUCCCCGCCCACGGUCAGCGCCCUCGGAGCACCAGCCGGGGGCUGCAGCCAUCAGACGGAGGACCUGCCCUGCUCCACGUGCCCAUGGUCACCGCAGCCCACGGGUUCCAGGUGCUGGCCCAGAGGCCCCAGGUGCUGUCUGCCGAGGCCCCGCUCUGGGGGACAUCACCAGAGACCCCUGCAGACCCCAGCUGGAGCCUGGACCAACCCGAGAUCCCCGGGACCCCGCCCCAUAGCAGAUUCCAGAAUCUCUUGAAGGUGGACAGGAUCUCGACCCUGCUGACGGUCAGCUCUGCCCCUCCCUCACUGCCUUGUCCCGUGAAUGGCUUUAGUGACAGGAUGGGCUGA